CUGCGCGGGACCGUUAAGUUUGAAACUUGGCGGCUUAGUCCUAGGGCGUGAGGUGGCGGGUUGCUUGGGAAGGAGUCGGGUACGCGGUUUUGUCUAGGGUAGGAGUGCAGGGUGGUCCGCUCAGCAGCUUCUACGGCCGGUCGAAGAUUGAGGAAGGAAGCCCAGACGGGCGGCGCUGCCGAGGAAAGAACCACACGACGAGCUGGGGCCGGGAAUACGGGAUGGCGGCGGCCAAGAAGGAAGGGCUCGCCGUGAGUGAAGCUAUGUCCCUGGAGGGAGAUGAGUGGGAGCUGAGUAAAGAAAAUGUACAACCCUUAAGGCAUGGGCGGAUCAUGUCUACACUUCAGGGAGCUUUGGCACAGCAGGAAUCGGCCUGUAACACUACUCUUCAGCAACAGAAACGGGCAUUUGAAUCUGAAAUUCGCUUUUACGCUGGAAAUGACCCUCUGGAUGUUUGGGAUAGGUAUAUUAAGUGGACAGAACAGAACUAUCCUCAAGGGGGCAAGGAGAGCAACAUGUCAACAUUACUCGAAAGAGCUAUAGAAGCUCUACAAGGAGAAAAACGUUAUUAUAGUGACCCUCGGUUUCUCAGUCUCUGGCUCAAAUUGGGGCAUUUGUGCAAUGAGCCAUUGGACAUGUACAGUUAUUUACACAGCCAAGGGAUUGGCGUUUCACUUGCUCAGUUCUAUAUUUCGUGGGCUGAAGAAUAUGAAGCUAGAGAAAACUUUAAGAAAGCUGAUACGGUAUUUCAGGAAGGGAUUCAACGGAAGGCCGAGCCACUAGAAAGACUGCAGUCCCAGCACCGACAAUUCCAGGCUCGGGUGUCUCGACAAGCUCUCUUGGCACUUGAGAAAGAAGAGGAGGAGGAAGUUUUAGGAUCUUCCAUUCCACAGCGAAGCACAUUAGCUGAGCUAAAGAGCAAAGGGAAGAAGACAGCAAAAGCUCCCAUUAGCCGUGUAGGAGGUGCUCUGAAGGCUCCAGGUCAGAGCAGAGGAUUCCAAAAUAUAGUUCCUCAGCAGAUGCAAAGUAAUCGCAGAAUUACUGUUUUUGAUGAAAAUUCUGAUAUCACUUCUAGAGCAGAGUUAUCUAAGCCCGAAGUCCAGCCCUGGAUGGCACCCCCUGUUCCAAGGGCCAAAGAGAAUGAGCUGCAGCCAGGCCCUUGGAACACAGGCAGGCCUUUGGAAUACAGGCCUCAUGGCAGUACAGCUUCUUUAACAGCUGUACCCCCUAUGCUUCCCAGCUUUACUCCAUAUGUGGAAGAGACUGCACAACAACCAGUUAUGACACCAUGUAAAAUUGAACCUAGUAUAAACCAUAUUCUAAGCACCAGAAAGCCUGGAAAGGAAGAAGGAGAUCCUUUUCAAAGGGUUCAGAGUCAUCAGCAAGAGUCUGAAGAAAAGAAAGAGAAGAUGAUGUACUGUAAGGAGAAGAUUUAUGCAGGAGUUGGGGAGUUCUCUUUUGAAGAAAUCCGGGCUGAAGUUUUCCGGAAGAAAUUAAAAGAGCGAAGGGAAGCGGAACUACUGACCAGUGCAGAGAAGAGAGCAGAAAUGCAGAAACAGAUUGAAGAGAUGGAGAAAAAGCUCAAAGAAAUCCAGACUACUCAGCAGGAAAGAACUGGUGAUCAGCAAGAAGAGAAGAUACCUGCAAAGACAGACAAACUGCAAAUUGCUUCAGAGUCUCAGGAAAUGACAGGAGUGUCUCUUUCCCAUUCUGUUUGUCCACUAAACUCUCACCCCAGGAAAACUUUACCUAUAGAAAAUGUUUUGCAAGAACAGCCUGAUAGUAAAGGUUCCAGUAUACCUUUCUCCAUUUUUGAUGAGUUUCUUGUUUCAGAAAAAAAGAAUGAAAGUCCUACAGAUCCUCCACGAGCUUUAGCACAGCGACAGCCUCUUGCAGUUUUAAAAACCACAGAAAUAAUUGCUUCAAAUGAGGAUAUGUCUCCAGAUGUUUGUGAUGAACUUACAGAAAUUGAACCUUUGAGUGAGGAUGCCAUUAUCACAGGUUUCAGGAAUGUAACUAUUUGUCCUAACCCAGAAGACACAUGUGACUUCGCUAGAGCUGCUCAUUUUGCCUCUACGCCUUUUCAUGAGAUAAUGUCCUUGAAGGAUAUCUCUUCCGAUCCUGAGAGACUGCUGCAGGAAGAGGAUCUGGAUGGGAAGACUUCUGAGGGCCAUCAGACCACAUGUGGCACCAUUUAUAAUCCAACCCUUAGCAUCAAGAAGCUGAGCCCAAUUAUUGAAGACAGUGGAGAAGCCACACACUCAUCUGGCUUCUCUGGUUCUGCUUCUGUUACAAGUUCCUCCUCCAUCAAAAGUCUUCAAAUUCCUGAGAAACUGGAGUUGACUGGAGAAGCUACAGAAAAUGCUAUUCUGUCACCCUGGUGUUCACAAUAUCGGAUACAGCUAUUAAAAACUCUACCAGAGUUAAGUGCUUCUGCAGAGUUUUUUAUAGAAGACAGACCAAUGCCUAACUUGGAAAUAGAGAAGGAAAUUGAAUUAAGUAAUGAAGAUUAUUGCAUUAAACAAGAAUACCUAAUAUGUGAAGAUUACAGGUUAUUCUGGGUGGCACCAAGAAACUCCACAGAAUUGACCUUAAUAAAGGUAUCUUCUCAGCCUGUCCCAUGGGACUUUUAUAUCAAUCUUACAUUAAAGGAACGUCUGAAUGAGGACUGUGAUCAGUUUUGCAGCUAUUAUCAAUACCAAGAUGGCUAUAUUGUUUGGUACCAAUAUAUUAAUUGCUCUACCCUUCAGGAUCUUCUGCAACACAGUGAAGUUAUUACUCAUGAAAUAGUAGUGUUGAUUAUUUAUAACCUUUUGACAAUAGUGGAGAAGCUACACAAAGCUGAAAUCGUUCAUGGAGACUUGAGUCCAAAUAAUCUGAUUCUUAGAAAUAGAAUCCACGAUCUCUAUGAUUGUAAUAAGAACAGUCAAGCUUUGAAGAUAGUGGACUUUUCCUACAGCGUUGACCUGAGAGUGCAGCUAGAUGUUUUUACCCUCAGUGGCUUUCGGACUGUACAGACGCUGGAAGGACAAAAGAUCCUGGCUAACUGUUCUUCUCCCUACCAGGUAGACCUGUUUGGUAUAGCAGAUUUAGCACAUUUACUAUUGUUCAAGGAACACCUACAGGUCUUCUGGGAUGGGUUCCUCUGGAAACUUAGCCAAAAUACUUCAGAGCUAAACGAUGGUGAAUUGUGGAAUAAAUUCUUUGUGCGGAUUCUGAAUGCCAGUGAUGAGUCCACAGUGUCUGUUCUGAGAGAACUUGCAGCAGAAAUGAAUGGGAUUUUUGACACCACAUUCCAAAGUCACCUGAACAAAGCCUUAUGGAAAGUGGGGAAGGUAAUUAGUCCAGGAGCUUUGCUCUUUCAGCAAGGUAGGCAGUCAAGGCUCUCAUAAAUUCCUGCCUGAAAGUGAUGGCUGUCUUGUGGAAUGCUGAAUCUGUGUAUGUUGUAAUUUAAUUUAGGGUACACUUACACACUACCAAUACUUUUCUGCUAGGGGUUUAUUUCUAAGUAGCUGGCAGUUUUUGACAGAACACUGUGCCUACUUCAGCCUUACCUGUUUUGUUCAAAGUGGAUUCCAUACAAACGGGUACUAUGUUACCAUUUAACCCUCUUGUUCUACUUCCCUUUUGUAAUUUUGUAACUUGUGCUUUUAUAGUCACAAUGUGUAUUAUAAUAAAAUAGUGUUUUGGGUAAA